AUGAGCUCAUGCUACAUUACAAUCUCUGUAUCCUUAUCGUCGCUGACGCGGUCGAAACGGCCAGACGGACGGAUCUCCUCGACCGAAUGGGCGUGAUCAGAUCCGAGGCUGAGGGGGGAUUGAUGAACUGCCUCCGCUUUGGACUAGAUAACCGGUUUGCAAUCCCGCAGCGAGGAGACUCUGCUUCUAGAUCGGUUCCUCUCGUGGCUAUCGAUCCAUAUCCCCAUCAUGUCGUUGCCGGAAUGCAACUGCUAUGGAAGGGGAUCGAGCGGGACUACCAGGCUGGAGAAAUCGCGCGGGAUACAUGCAAGGAGCUCCAGUCUGUUCUUCUGCAGACGUUGGAACUGCUUCCACAGACAUCCAAAUCUGUUCAGAAGGCAACAGAGGAGGCAAGAGAUUCACUCAUACUUUAG